GGCCGCCAGGGACACUCGGGGACCGCGUAGGCUGCGGGCGGCGGCGAGGGAAGGGAAGCAGCGGGACGAGGGGCGGCUCGGCUGGGUAGCGCUGCUGCUGCUGCCGCGGUGGAUGUUUCCAUGUUGUUCGGUGCAUGAUUUAGAGGAGAGGAGGAGUUGGCAGCGGCGGGUGUCAGCGGCAGGGAGCGGGGAUCCGCGCCGCCAGCGGCCCUGCCUUUCUUCUUGCCCCUCUGUGAUAUCGAGGCUGCUCUGCCUGCGUGCUUGCCCUGCGGCGGCCCCCGGGCCCUCGGAGAGCGCCUGUGCCCCCCGGGGCCGGAGCGGCGGCGGGGUGCGUGUGUGCGUGCGGGUUUAGGGGGGGUGGGGGCUGUGUCUGAACCAGUUAGGAAGAAUGACUCUGGAGUCCAUCAUGGCGUGCUGCCUGAGCGAGGAAGCCAAGGAAGCCCGGCGGAUCAACGACGAGAUCGAGCGGCAGCUGCGUCGGGACAAGCGGGACGCCCGCCGCGAGCUGAAGCUGCUGCUGCUGGGCACAGGAGAGAGUGGCAAAAGCACAUUUAUCAAGCAGAUGAGAAUCAUUCAUGGAUCAGGUUACUCUGAUGAAGACAAAAGGGGCUUUACAAAACUGGUGUACCAGAAUAUAUUUACAGCAAUGCAGGCCAUGAUCAAGGCCAUGGAUACCCUCAAAAUCCCAUACAAGUGUGAAAAUAACAAGGUUCAUGCACUAUUAGUUCGAGAAGUUGAUGUAGAGAAGGUGUCAAGUUUUGAGAACCCAUAUGUAGAUGCAAUAAGAAGCUUAUGGAAUGACCCUGGAAUUCAGGAGUGUUACGAUAGACGACGGGAAUAUCAAUUAUCAGAUUCAACUAAAUACUAUCUUAAUGACUUGGACCGCAUAGCAGAUUCCACCUAUCUGCCAACCCAGCAGGAUGUGCUCAGAGUUCGAGUCCCAACAACAGGGAUCAUUGAAUAUCCAUUCGACUUACAAAGCGUCAUUUUCAGAAUGGUGGAUGUAGGAGGCCAACGAUCAGAAAGAAGAAAAUGGAUACAUUGCUUUGAAAAUGUCACAUCUAUCAUGUUCCUAGUAGCUCUUAGUGAAUAUGAUCAAGUGCUUGUCGAGUCAGAUAAUGAGAAUCGAAUGGAAGAAAGCAAAGCACUCUUUAGGACAAUUAUCACAUAUCCAUGGUUCCAGAACUCUUCAGUUAUUCUGUUCUUAAAUAAAAAAGAUCUACUAGAGGAGAAAAUUAUGUACUCCCAUCUAGUUGAUUAUUUUCCAGAGUAUGACGGACCACAGCGGGAUGCACAGGCAGCACGAGAGUUCAUCCUGAAGAUGUUCGUAGACCUGAAUCCAGACAGUGACAAAAUUAUCUACUCUCACUUCACAUGUGCUACAGACACAGAGAACAUCCGCUUCGUCUUUGCUGCUGUCAAGGACACAAUCCUACAGUUAAACCUGAAGGAGUACAACCUGGUCUAACUGUACCUGGGGCAUCCUCCAAAACCAACUUUCCGUGAUUGAAGAUAUACAAGAGGGACUGUAUUAUAAUCUGUGAAAACAAUUUGCAUAAUACUAAUUUAUUGCCGGCCUGGACUCUGUGAAUAUCCACAGAGUUUGUAGUUAAUAUUAUGAUUUUAUUUAAAGUAUAUGGAGGAAAAACAAAAGAUGCUGAAGUACAUUCACAGCACAUUUCCUCAUUUUUUAGGUAAAACCAUGUGACUCAAUGUGUUUCAAAUUCUCAGUCGUACAUUUACAAAGGAUAGCAGUUUUUUGCUAUUGAAGCAAAAUCAAGCUGAUUUCCUCUUUGCCUAACCCUUUCUCUUCCCCUUCUUUCCUACUCCACUUAUCUUUUAAAAGGUACAAUGGCCUUUUUUUUCCCCCCGUUGCAUUCCUGGGGAAAUGU